UGCGGUCGUUUUAGUGCGUGCUACGCGUGAUUUUUUUUGAUUUGAAUUCUUUCGUUUAAAUUCAUCAAUUUGAUAAUCAGUUUGUUAGUUUCCACGCUCGGGCGCUUUUAUGCAAAUGCACGAGUCAGUAACCGUAAUGUAAAUAUCAUAAAUAUUCGAUGAAACUGCCUCUUUUCGGGGUGACCCUGAACUGUGACAGUCGAUUAGAAAUGCGGCGGGAGUUGGAGCUAUGUUAUUAUCCAAGUUUUGGUGUUGAGUGUUGAUUGUUGUCUGUGCCGGCGCAGUGUUCUAUUUAUAUGUCCAGUACACACGCCACACUUACGGCAAAGUUUGAGCACGAGUUAAAAAACUAACAAAAGGUGUUAAUUUCAAUAGUGACGUAUACGUAAUAUGAGCAAACACAAUACAACUCAAGCCAUUAGCAAAUACCUUAAAAGCCCGAAAUCAAUAUAAAUAUUUUACACACAAAAAAAAAUCAAUUUGUUUGUAUCUAAAAUUCGAGCAUUUGCAUUUGUUUAAAUGUAUUGACCAUAAAUCGGGCUAUUUAAACCUAAAGAGAAGACAACAUUUUCCGCGCUUGAUUAACUUUCGACUGUAACAUCGAACAAGCACUAAUUAAAAACAAUUCCCCCGCGUUUGUUUAUAUUUAUUGCCCUUCGCUGACCAAUUGUUUAUUAUUUUGUUAAUUAACUUACGCCAUGCUCACAGCUGGCUAAUGUCACAAUUAAUCUGGCCGUAAAGAGACGCACAUAAAACUAAACACAUGUGAAAUAUAAAAUCUAUUAAACGGUGCAAAAUACAAAUGUAAUAAAAUAAAAGAAAAAUAUACAACGGAUACGCGGCAUAUAAAUUUCGUUAAAUGUAAAUAGUGGAAGGCAAAGAAAUUCGAAUUCCAUUUAAUUAGCAAUUUGGAUACUGGGAAUAACAAAUCGAAAGAAAUCCCAAAACCAACGAAGAAUACGCAGGCAAUGCAAUAAUGGAGCUGAUAAGAAAAUAUAAAGAAGGAAAACUAACAACUGGCGAUAUACGUAAAUUGAAUCAUAUAGUAAUAUGUCUCAUGGUGCUGGUGGCGAUAUUCUCCAUAAUCUGGGGCGUUUCAUUGCACAUGCUGUCUGGGGAUUUCUACGAUGGAAUCAUCAGUGCCAAAAUAGUAUUUAAGGAGCGUAAUUUUGCCUCAAUGGACAACAGAAGCAAAGAGAUAUUCUUGCAGGAUCUACAGAGUGUUGCCUACGAGCCAAUAGUCAAGCCCGAAUCCUUAAAGACUGUUAGCCCAGCAGCAGAAACAAAGAGGCCAAAGUAUAAGUUCGAACAUAUCUACGAGUCGAAGGAGAAUGCUCCGCUCUUGGCACGUUUGGUCAGUCAACAGGAGCAGCAAAUAGAGGAACGAACAACAACAACAACUGCUCCGCCAACCAUUGCGCCAAAUGCUGAGGCGGAUCACAAGUUUCUGGCCACACAGUCCAUAGAUGUGCAUGGGACGCGUUGGAGUCGCGAUUUGGGUGCCCAGUUUGUAUAUGGUUUUCCCGUGUUAUCGGAAAUCAUGGCCAUCAUUUGGACGGCAAUGUGUCUCAUCUUCCAAACGGGCAAUAAGAAAACAUCCGUACUGCCGAAACCUUGGCGCAUUGUAGUGCCUUCCAUUGCCAUCUUCACGCUGAUGAGCUUGGGCAGCACUGCCUACACGAUACUGACCAAUGGCUAUCUGAAGCGUUUGUGCGGCAACUUGCGGGAGAAUCUCACGAAUCCAUUGGCAGUCAGCUGUGGUGAUGCGAUUGCCUUGCUGCGGCCUUUCAUACACGAGCACAGAGUCUCUCAUGAUGCGUAUUUGGAUCUAUUUCGUAUCAGCUACAUUAUCAGCAUGCUGCUGUGGAUCCUUGCACUCUUGGUCAUGUUGCUGCGUUACAUCUUCGCUGUUGACUUCCAGUUGGUUGAUAUUGAUGAUAUGUUUGAUAGACGCCCCGUUGAACUGCAGCCAAUACAACAAGUUUACACGGAGGUGUUGCAGGGCAGCCCCGAGCAUUGCCAGCAAAGGGGCAAAACCAAGUCCGAGGAGGAUUAUCAGAGUGCCAAGUCGCGACUCAGCGACGUGGCAAUGCCUCUGAUUGAGUUGAGGGCACAGGAGCAGCCGCAGACAAAAAGUCACUUGACCACAGUCACCUAAAAGGGCCUUGAUCUAGUGUUAAUCAAAUCAGAAAUCUCAGGUUUAUUUUUAUACGACGUGCUUUCUAGGCAGAGCAGAUAUCUAUGAAGCUUCUAGAAGAAUUUUACUGUGAAUUUCCAACUCCUUUGACUUUCUCUAUUUUCGAUGUCUGUUGCUGCCAAAAAGGUUUCGAACAAAUCAAAUGAUAGUUCUUAAGAGUAUGCUAAGUAAACUCGUGCCUCGUAAUACAUGUAGUAAUUUAUAGUGUUUGAUGUAUAGUUUUUAAUUGAAAUGCAAUAAUCUAACCAUAAAACCGAAAGGUGCACAUAAAGUUUAAAUAUUCGCAGUUGCUGCUUACAGCAGUUUCAUUGUAAUGGUCUUGGUCUCCAAAUAAUUAUCGAGGCCAUCCUUGCCCAGUUCGCGACCAAUGCCCGA